AUGGCUACCCCGCGCAGCAGCCCAGCAUGGUCCUUGACUUCGCACCUUCUGGCCAGCGAACAAGCCCUCUUCAAAUCGGCGACGCAGCACCCCUUCCUGCUCGCCGGCGCCGAGGGCCGCCUGCCCAAGGAUGUCCUCAGCCGCUGGCUUGCCAAUGACAGGCUCUACAUCCACUCGUACAUUCGCGCGGUAGGCCAGCUGCUCGCCUCCAUCGACUUGCCGCGGGAAGCGGCUCGAUCAGAGGAGGCAUUCGAGACGCAGCUGGCAGACUGGCUCAUCGAGUCGCUCGUCUCCAUCCGUAAGGAGGAGCGCUUCUUCAUCGACGUGGCAGACCGGUACGGUCUGGGGAUUGAGAUUGGCAUCCCGCUGAUUUCUAGCACCGCCGCCGGCGCGUCAGGGGUUCCGGACGACGACGGCAAUGGCCGGGGUGGUAGGAAUCCGAAUGAGCUUCCCGGUCUGGGGAUGAUGCAGUCCGUUUUUGCAUCCAUCAGCGCCGUCCCCUCGACCUCGCCCCCGGAUCCGGACUCGGGGCCCAACCCGACCGCGGCUUCCAUCACGGCCCUUGCCGCCAACCCGCCGCCCAUCCUUCCCUGGCUUGAGGGAGCCAUCACGUUCUGGGGCACGGAGCGGUGCUAUCUGGAGGCGUGGUCGUGGGCCAAGCGCAAGGCGCGCGAGGCAUCGUCUGCAUCUGGUGGGAAUGACGCCGACGGCGGGGCGCUGCGCAAGGAGUUCAUUCCCAACUGGAGCAGUCCCGAAUUCGCGAAAUUUGUAGAGCGCUUGCAGACUUUGAUUGAUUCUGCCGUGGCGAAAGUGCUAAAGGGUUAUGAAAAGGAAGAUGAGAGGGAACAGGUGAAGCAGGGGAUCUUGGCGAGGGUUGAGGGCCGGUGGCGGACGCUGUUGGUUGCUGAGAGGGCUUUUUGGCCGGAUGUUUAA